AUGGACGCUGGGGAUUCCAAUGAACGUCCAUUGAAAAAGAGACGCUUUUUUGUCGACGACGAGAGUGGACCUGUACACUCCCCUAGCGAAUCUACACCUACUGCUCCGAGUCUCGACGCGUCCGUGACCUCCUCUGCUGGUCCAGAGGGAAAAGACGAUCAUUAUGGGCAGCUAAAUGGCGCACAGGAGGUUGACUUCCCGAGCGAAGAUGAUGAACGGGGAAAUGACAUAAAUAGGGGCCCGGACGAAUCUGGGCUACCAUACGACCAAGAGGUCCUCGAUGGAUCCAUUUUGUCGAAUGCUCGAAGGCAUGAACAAGAUGAAGAGCGCCUGAUAAGUGGACACCGGACAGGGCUGAAUGAGGGGGAGAUCGAGCAGGAAAAACCCGAUCACGAUACUGGUGGUUUCGACGUGGAGACUUUUGCCAGUAUCAUUGGAGAACAACUUCCUCCUCAAUCGAUCAACCGGAUCCGUGAAGCCUCUGGCGACGACUUGGAGCGGGCAGUGAACGUCUACUUCGACGGAUCAUGGAAAUCGCUCAACCGGGCUACGUCGAGCCUUGCUCCUGUCGCUUCUCGCCAGUCAACGCUGUCCGCUCCUCGCACCCCGAUUGAAGGAAUAAGAUCUCAGGCAUCGCCAUCAAAUCAAACGCCUGAAAGGAAAUCAAGCCAAUCUGUAGCGCGCCAUACCUUGCAGCAAUCCCCCAGAUACAUCGGCGCUUUUGGUGUAGGGGCAUGGGCUACCAGAAGCGGCACUAAUCUACUCAGACACGGGGAGCAUGUCAAUGUUGAACGGACAAGGUCUCAGCCGGUAGCCAAGCGCGGCCGAGGGGGCAAGCUCAUCACUAACCAAAAAGGAGAUGUUCUGACUCGGUUUACAAAUGAUGCUGGCCAGGAGAUCGGGCGACUGCCUCGAGAAACAGCAGAAUGGGUGUCCACUCUGCUCGACCAGAAGAUAUGCAAAUUCGAGGGCAUCUGCGUUUUCACACCUGACCGGGUCCGGGUCAACGACACGAUUUACCUACAGUUACGAUGCUACUUACGCAAAGAAGCCUUUCUACCGCGGAGUCUCUGGAGUAUGGGUGACGAUAAUCGGUCCACUACGAUAUUCGAAGAACAAGAGAAUGCUGAAGAGAAGCAGCUUCGGCUCCGCCAGGUUGCCCUUGUUAAACUUUUUGAUGAGAUCGGGCUGCAACCUAUGUCGGCAAACGAGAUGACCAAAAAGCACAAAAAAGAAGGACUGCUUCGCGCGGCCGAAAUUGCAGAGCAAUAUGACAAGGCCGGGAAAGAGAGCAAAGGGAACGAAUCGUCAGAAGAGGAGGAAUCACCAGAGCUCGAGGAAGACCAACUUGACACGCUUUACAAGAAGGCACAGUCUUUUGAUUUCAAUAUGCCGGAAGCUGAGCCACCGUCAACAUUUGUCCUGAGUCUCCGGAAGUAUCAGAAACAAGCACUUCAUUGGAUGCUUGCCAAGGAGAAAGAUAAUAAGUCUGGCAGAGAGUCGUCAAUGCAUCCUCUCUGGGAGGAAUAUACUUGGCCACUCAAAGAUGUCGAUGACAAGGAUCUCCCGGAGAUUGAGGGACAGGCCCACUUCUACGUCAAUCCCUAUUCUGGGGAGCUGAGCGUUGACUUUCCAGCACAGGAGCAGCACUGUCUGGGUGGCAUUUUAGCCGACGAGAUGGGUUUAGGCAAGACAAUCGAGAUGCUGAGUCUCAUCCACUCUCAUCGUACCGUGCAUCCUAAUCAAGGUGGCACAGCUUCCUCUACUGAGCUACUGAGGCUGCCUAACUCUUCAACUGCUGUCGUUCCCGCUCCAUACACAACGCUAGUCGUGGCACCCACGUCCCUGCUAGCUCAAUGGGAGAGCGAGGCCAUGAAAGCCUCAAGACCAGACACGAUGAAGGCUCUGAUGUACUACGGUGCCGAUAAAUCCGUCAAUCUCCAAGAGCUCUGUGCUGCAGGCAACCCCAGCGCUCCCAACGUCAUCAUCACCAGUUACGGCGUAGUACUGUCCGAAUUCCGUCAGCUCGCGGCCCAGCCACUCUUCGCGUCGAAUACCCAAGGUGGACUGUUCUCUGUGGACUUUUUCCGAGUCAUUCUUGAUGAAGCCCAUGUAAUUAAGAACCGACGCUCAAAGACCGCGAGAGCUUGCUAUGAAUUGAAAGCGACGCACCGGUGGGUCUUGACUGGAACUCCCAUCGUCAAUCGUCUGGAAGAUCUCUUCAGCUUGGUGCGGUUCCUCAAGGUCGAGCCGUGGAGUAACUUUUCGUUCUGGAAGACAUUCAUCACUGUCCCCUUUGAGUCAAAGGACUACGUACGAGCCCUCAAUGUCGUUCAGACUGUCCUUGAGCCUCUUGUUCUUCGGCGGACCAAGACGAUGAAAACACCAGAAGGGGAACCGUUAGUACCGUUACCACGUCGAACCAUCGAUAUCGUGGAAGUGGAGCUCUCCGAGCAAGAACGUGAGAUCUAUGAUUUGAUAUAUACCAGAGCUAAACGUACAUUCAACGACAAUGUCGAAGCUGGUACUCUGCUGAAGUCGUUCUCGACUAUUUUCGCACAGAUCCUGCGUCUGCGACAGACUUGCUGCCAUCCUAUCCUGACACGUAACAAGACGAUCGUUACAGAUGAGGAAGACGCUGCGACGGCGGCCGAUGCCGCCAAUGAGUUGAAAGACGACAUGGACCUGCAAGAGCUCAUAGACCGGUUUACGGUCAGCCUUGAGAACGCAGGCUCGAGCGAGACACAGGAUCCCGGGGCCAAAUUCACCACGCACGCAUUGAGGCAGAUCCAAAAUGAAUCCGGCGGAGAAUGUCCCAUCUGCUCGGAGGAGCCCAUGAUCGACCCCGCGGUCACGGCCUGUUGGCAUAGUGCGUGUAAAAAAUGCUUGGAAGAUUAUAUACGCCACCAGACAGAUAAGGGCGUGCCUCCUCGAUGCUUCUCGUGCCGUGCACCAGUUACAUCAAGGGACAUCUUCGAAGUGAUCCGCCACCAAUCCCCAAGUUCAACCCCCAAGGAGCAUGAUCUCUACAGCAGCACGCCUGCCUCGAGCCCGCAACCUGCACCUCGCAUCUCCCUCCGACGCAUCAACCCCCUCUCACCCUCAGCACACACCUCAGCAAAGAUCCACGCACUCGUCAGCCACCUCAGCCGCAUCCCCCCGGGCACCAAAUCCGUCGUCUUCUCCCAGUUCACAAGCUUCCUCGACCUAAUCGGCCCGCAGCUAACCAAAGCCGGCAUCUCGCACGUCCGCCUCGACGGUACAAUGCCCCAAAAGGCCCGCGCCGAGGUCCUGGCGCAGUUCACCCAGACCGACUCGUUCGCCCAGGACGCGAUAGACAACGAGGCCGAGGACGAGGCGCUCCCCACGCCCCGCGCACCAUCUGCCUUCGCCCCCGCGGCCAAGAGCGCGCGCUCCCCGUCCUCGGCCCCCGGCAGCCCCUCCGUCCUACUCAUCAGCCUGCGCGCCGGCGGCGUCGGGCUCAACCUCACAGUGGCCAGCAACGUGUUCAUGAUGGACCCGUGGUGGAGCUUCGCGAUCGAGGCGCAGGCGAUCGACCGCGUGCAUCGCAUGGGCCAGCUGCGGGAUGUGGCCGUCACGCGGUUCAUCGUCAAGGACUCGAUCGAGGGACGCAUGUUGCAGGUGCAGGAGCGGAAGAUGAAUAUUGCGGGCUCGCUGGGGCUACGGGUUGGGGGCGAUGGGUCCGAGGAUGAGAAGAGGAAGGAGAGGAUUGAGGAGUUGAAGCUGUUGUUUGAAUAG